ACAAUCAGGUGAUAGUUGCAUAUGGGCAGUGAAGAGGACCAGGAUGAGGAGCCAACACAGUCCAGGAGCCUGAGGUCACACUGGGAGUGAGGAGGGAAAAGGAAGAGGCCUGUCAGGACUGUGUUGUUUGGAAAACUGCCAAAGCAGUUUUUGUCUAGGAAGAGCGUGGUCAUAUGAACUUGAAGAAUGAAGGAUCUUUGUGAAAGAUGGGAAACUAUAAAGUUUAUGCCCUGAUUGUAAUUAUUACCAUUCCCACCAGAAUUGAAAACCAAAAAUGAAAAAUAAAACAAGCAAACCAAAAGACCAACAAACUAUGAUCAAGCAUCAUAAAAUAAAGAACCACAUGUGUUUACAUACUUGAGACCAUUCUUUUUAUCAGAAUAAGCAGAGAAAAAUCUUACGUGUUUUUUUUUUUUAUGAUUUUUUCCUAGUGCUGUGCAUGAAGUCUGAAGAUGAAACGGAGCAACGUCACCCAGGCAAUAGUCUUCCUUUCUCUUGCUGGGCCUGGAAUUGUAGGAAAUAUCAUAGUAUUCCUAAGAUAUUUGUACAUGUUUGCCUUGGGGACUGAGAAAAAGCCUAUAAACCUCAUUCUCACCCACUUGGCAUUUUCUAAUAUGAUCAUUAUUUGCACCACAGGGGUCACAGAUAUAGCCACACUGUUUUAUUUCAGAAACUUCCUCGGCGAUAUUGGCUGUAAAGCUAUGGUUUAUCUGGCAAGGAUGGCCCGGGGCCUCUCCAUCUGCACCACCUGUCUCCUCAGCGUGGUCCAGGCUCUCACCAUCAGUCCCAGGACCACCAUUUGGACAAAACUAAAACCACAGACCUCAUGGCAAGUUCUUCCCUUUCUCCUCCUCUUUUGGAUCGGUAAUGUUCUCAUAACCUCCAACUUGCUCUACUACAUCAAAGCAGGUGGUGGCUUGAACAUGUCUACACCCGGAACAUACAUUGGCCAUUGCUAUAUGCUGCCAUCCAGAAAUAUAAUCAAGUGGCUUUUCCUCUCUCUCAUGACUCUUCGUGAUGUCACCUUUCAGAGUCUCAUGGGCUGGAGCAGUGGGUCGAUGGCUCUCCAUCUUUAUAAACAUCACAAGCAAGUCCUGUACCUUCACAGCUCCAGGCUUGAAAACAAUUCCCCUCCAGAAAUCAGAGCUACAUGGAGUGUUCUCAUUCUAAUGAGCUGCUUCCUUUUCUUCUAUUGGGUAGAUUUCAUUCUCUCCUUCUACACAGGUUUCACAGUGACACACGAUUCUAUUUUACUGAAUAUUAAAACAUUUUUAGAACUUGGUUAUGCUAGUGUCAGCCCCUAUGUUCUGAUCAGCCGAGAUGUCCACAUUCCUAAUGUCAUGCAUGCUCACUGAGAAGCAUUGAAAUUACAUUCUACAUCUCUUCUCUAUGGGCCAAAGGUGUGUACAUUGUAAAUUGCUUUGUCAUGGUGAAUUUUAGAUGCAGGGGACAUAUGUUUGCUGUGUAGCACAGGUUCACCUUGAGGUGACUCAGAAUCCCAAAAGCUGAUAUUACAGGCCACCAAACUGCCAUUUGCCUUACUGUUUUGGCAUAUCACAACAUCAGAUCAACUAUUAUAAUAAUACAUUACAUUUUCUUAAGCAGUCUGUCACCAUGCAACCUUAAGUUCAGAGUUUCCAGGAAGGUGGAAAGUUGGUAGCUACCGUUUUCCCACUCCACCAACCUUGUCAUGUGACUUUCAGCUUCUCUUUAGCACUGGGGAAAAUGCUGGAGGUAAAGCUAGUGUCAGAAAUCAGUAUUUCAUUUUUCCCCCAAACCCAGAGCAUGAGAGCAAGAGAGGGUCGGUGGAGAUGGGGAGGUGGCCCUUAUUUGAGGUGAGCCUACACAGCAGAGUAAAGCUGACAGUGAGAUGAGUGAUGUCACCACAGCAAGGCAAAUUUAGUCAACAACUGGAUGACAUAGCCAGGUUCCAAAGCUGCAAAGAAAACUAGUGUAAAGUAUCACAACAGGACACUCUGAAAAAUGGCCUCUCUCAAACGAUGCCAUCGUGGGUCUGGAGACAGUGCUCCUGGCCAGGGCCUCACUGGCACACUGAUGUGUAAAUUCCUUGCUGACAGAUUGCUAACACUGGAGUUUCCAUCACUGGCAAUGUGCAGUUCCCAAUCACUCACUAUGGCCUACAGUGAUAUCCUGGUGUUUGCUAAGCCCCCUUGCCCCCUGAAUCUCAGAUUCCAUUUUCCCUUAGGCUGUGUAGAUGCAUCCUGUUGACCUACAUACAAGGGAACCAUAGUGCUGAGGGGACACUGGGGAUCUGCUUGGUGAAGCUGAGGUGG